AUGGCUUUGUGUCCUAAACCAUACAGCUUUGAGAAGCAUUUUGCAGCUGCUUCUAAACCAUCUUCACAAAUAAACAGCAGAGGCGCUGGGAAGCGUAGUUGCAACGAUUCUUUGUAUCCAUCCACACCAAACAAGAAAAUCUGUUUGCAACAAUUGAAGAGAAAUGAUUUUCAAUUGAACAACAACAACAACAACAACAACAACAACAGCUACUACUCAUCUUCAUCUGAAGAUGAUGAUUCUGAGGAUGAGCAGUCGUGCUACUACGCUGACCAAAUAAGGGCUAAAAGAAGAGCUUCAACACGUGCAUCGUUCUCAGUUGACCCAAAAUUGUCGAGGGCAAUUUCACAAUAUAGCGACGAUGAAGACGAAGGUGAAGAAGAGCAACAAAACUUGCACUGCAACACAAGAGUAAGAAGCCCAUGCAACUCACGCCGCACAUCUAAUAGUUCAAUCAAAAUUUUGGGAUCUGAAGAUGAGAUUGACAAUUUGGAUUGCAAGUUGGCAUCAAGUCCUGUCAACAGCAACUUGUGUUUGAAAAAGAUGCUCGUUAGUGGUGGUAAUGAAUGUGGUGAUGAUGAUGAUGUCGAAGAAGAGGAAGAAGAAAGCGACUCGAAUAAUCAAUCCGUUGCUGCUGCUGAUCGUAAUGCAAGAGCCAGGUGUUUCGAGUACUUGGUUGGAGCUAUUGAUGAAGCAUGGGCUAGAUAUUGCGAUGCCACUGCGUAUGUCGAGGAUGAUUUGCAUGGCUACAUCACUCCAGCUUCGCUUGCAUCUGGAGAGGAUGAAGAUGACGACGAUAAGGAAUUGAUGAAUGUCAAGUCUCGUCUUUUGAAGUCAAAAGAUUUUCUCCAAGAUCACAUUGAGUCAUUUGACAUAACUGAUGUUAAAAAGUUCUGGCAUCGUUGGGAUAUAACCAAGUAUCAAAUGUUGGAUGUUAUGGAAGACGAAGAUGAUGUUUUGGAAGAACUUGAAUUUGGUCGCAGAAUCUUUUGA